AUGUGGAUUGUCACGGUUCAAAAAAAAACUGAUGGAAAUACUGGUGAUGAAGAAAUAGAGGGUCUCCCUGCUAAGGUGUUAUGGUAUUUUCCAAUAAUACCUAAGUUUAAAAGAUUGUUUGCCAUUAAAGAGGAUGCAAAAAACCUCACAUGGCAAGAAAAUGGUAGAAAAGUUGACAAAUUUCUUCGACAUCCAGUUAAUUCUCCUCAAUGGAAGAGGAUUGAUGAAAAAUUUCCAGAAUUUGGUAUAGAGUCAAGAAACUUGAGAAUUGGUCUAGCUACAGAUGACAUGAAUCCUUAUGGGAACUUAACAUAUGGUAACUUGAGCCGUUAUAGUGUGAAGGGCCAUUACGCAUGCCCUAUAUGUGAAGAAAACACAAGUUAUACCCAAUUGAAACAUUGGAAAAAGAUCGCAUACACUAGGCAUCGCAAGUUUCUAGUUCGUAGUCAUCCAUACCGUAGAUUGAAGAAAACAUUCAAUGGAUGUAAGGAGGAUGAAAUUGCCUCGACACCGCGCAAUGGUGAACAAGUAUAUGAGCGGGUGAAGAACAUUAACAUUGUGUUCGGAAAGACGCAAAAGAAGUCAAUUGAGAAAAAUAUCUGGAAGAAACGAUCAAUAUUCUUUAAUCUUCCUUAUUGGUGCAAGCUAGAUGUUAGACACUGUAUAGAUGUGAUGCAUGUGGAGAAAAAUGUUUGCGAUAAUGUAAUUGAGACAUUGCUAAACAUAAAAGGAAAGACAAAAGGUGGAGUGAAAGCACGACAAGAUUUGGUGGACAUGGGUAUACGUUCUGAGUUACAUAUUCAGUUUAUUGGAAAAUGCACUUACUUGCCUCCAUCUUGUCAUACUCUAUCAAAAAAUGAAAAGAAAAGCUUUUGUGAGUGCUUAUGCAAUGUGAAAGUUCCACAAGGGUAUUCCUCAAAUGUUAAGAGUCUGGUGUUUAUGCAAGAUUUGAAGUUAAUUGGUUUAAAGUCUCACAAUUGUCAUGUCUUAAUGCAACAAUUUUUGCCUGUGAUUAUUCGUAACAUUUUACCAUUUUCUAUUAGAGUUGCUAUUACUCGAUUGUGUUUAUUCUUCAAUGCCAUUUGCAAGAAAGUAACUGACACUCUAAAGUUAGAUGAGUUAGAAAAUGAAGCAAUCACAAUCUUGUGUCAAUUGGAAAUGUAUUUUCCACCUUCAUUUUUUGAUAUCAUGGUGCAUUUGAUAGUUCAUUUGGUUAGGGAGAUUCAAUUGUGUGGCCCGAUUUAUCUUAGAUGGAUGUACCCUGUUGAGAGAUACAUGAAGAUUUUCAAAGGAUAUGUCAAGAAUCAAUACCGACCUGAAGCCUCUAUUGUGGAAAGACUCGCUCGUAGGCCUAACAACGAUGUCAUUACAUUUGGUGGGUAUGACAUUAACAAAUAUUGUUUCUAUACAAAGAUAGAAGAUGACAAAAGUAGAGUACAAAAUAGUGGGGUUACAAUUCAGGCUGAGUCUGUGCAUUUUGCUAGUUCUAAAGAUAAAAAUCUCAUUACAACAUCCAUGAGUUAUUUCAGAGUCAUACAAGACAUAUGGGAAAUUGCUUAUGUUACAUUUAGACUGCCUUUGUUAAAGUGUGAAAGGGUUGAUGGCAAUACAGGUGUGUGGACAAAUGAUUUAGGGUUUACUUUGGUUGAUUUGAACAAGGUCGGUUAUAAGGUUGAACCUUUUAUUAUGGCAUAUCAAGUAAGGAAAAAUUUUUAUGUCAGGGAUCCAUGUAAUGAGAAAUGGUCAGUGGUCCUCGAAGGAAGAACCAUGCACGAAACUCACGAAGACGAGUCUCUAGAUAUGCAUGAGACACCAUCUUUCUCAAGUACAUCAUUUUGUGCUAUUGCAGACAAUGAAGUGGACGAAAUGCAUGCUAUUCGAAGUGAUCAUGAUGAAGGAAUAUGGUAA